CAGAGAAAGAGAGGGAGAGCACAAAGCAGAGAUGGGGACCGAGCAGUGAGAUAGGGGGAGUUGGUAGGACAGAGAACCGCACACAAACGUGAGUAAAGGAGAGGAAGGAGGAAGAGAGAGGAGGUUGAAGGAGAGCAGGAGGAGGAGGGAAGAGAGGGAUGCAAGAUGAUGGAGCCCAGAAAUAGGCUUCACAGGAUAGCUUUUCAUCCCCGCUCUCUGCGGCAGACAUGACUCUGGGCACUGGACUGUGCUGAAAUUAGCCAGGGGGACAACAGAGGACAGCAGGUCUGCAGCACACUUCCUUGGUUCAGCCUCACUGGAUGCAGCAAGGCAGCUGAUUUAUUACUGAGGGACUGGGUGGCAGCGUAUGUGUGUGUGUAUGCAGGUUUUUAUGGGUCCUUGUAGCGCUCAGGGCUGUUGGAGCGACUAUUGCUCCAGUCGUAAAAUAACAUUCAGCGGGCAGGAGCUUCGUGUGAUGGUGUGGAUCUGCAGUCCUCAGUAGGAAGAGUGGGAUUCAGAGCGGUCUUCGAGUGUGUGUGUUUACAGUGCUGUUCACUGAGGUGAGCCAAGGAGGAUCAGCUGUAUGCAGUGUGUGUGUGUGUAUGUGUGUGUGUGUGUGUUUAGGUUAGAGUAGCAAGGCUGCAGCAAAGGCAAAGCUCCUACACAAUGCAAGGACAAGCACAGAGCAACACUGAUGGCAGGGAGUGCAGGUAGAGCACAAGGAGCGCCCUGGGGGUAGGGUGGAGGACGAAGGCAGGGACAGAGGAGGAAGAGGAGAAAAGAGCAAGGAGAAAAGAGAAGGGCGAUCAUGGCUGUCAUCCAGUGAGCUAUAGCAUAUGCUGUAGCGCAGAACAGAGCGGUGCGGCAGGGGGAGGACAAGCAUCACCGCGCAGGGGAGGGGGAGAAGGGAAGGAAGAAACUGAGGGAAAGAGGAGGGGGAGGCAAUUAGCUCAGCACCUCUUCUCCACCAGGAGGAGAAGCACAGCGGGACAGGCCCAGGGAAAGACACUCAUUCUCACACACACAGUCAAAGACAAGCAGGCCAGGUCAACGUGUAGAGGUCAAAAAGGAGCUGGUCCUGGGACGGGGGUCGGGUGCACCCCUGCUGGUCCGGCAAGUCCACAAGAGCGCAGGCUGGUCCUGAGAAGAAGUAGAAGUCCUUCGGAGGAAGAGGGGUUGGCUCCCCAGGUCCGGAUUCUUCUGAGAGCCCUACCACCUCUCCAUCACCAUGGGGGAAUGGACCAUUUUGGAGAGGCUGCUGGAGGCGGCUGUCCAGCAGCACUCGACCAUGAUUGGGAGGAUCCUGCUGACUGUGGUGGUGAUUUUCCGUAUCCUGAUAGUAGGCAUUGUGGGGGAGAAGGUGUACGAGGAUGAGCAAAUCAUGUUCAUCUGCAACACCAUGCAGCCCGGCUGCAACCAGGCCUGUUACGACAAGGCCUUCCCCAUCUCGCACAUCCGGUACUGGGUCUUCCAGAUCAUACUGGUGUGCACGCCGAGCUUGUGCUUCAUCACGUAUUCGGUCCAUCAGUCGGCCAAAGCACGUGACCGGAGCUACUCUCUCCUCCAUCCCUACAUGGAUCAUCACGGUCAUGGUGGUCACCAUGGACGCCAUGACCAUCACUCCCGCAAACUUCACUCACGCAACAUCAACGGCAUCCUGGUGCACCCUGACAGCGGUAAGGAGGAUCACGACUGCCUGGAGGUCAAAGAGAUUCCCAACGGACCCCGAGGACUCCCCCAAACACACAAGAGUUCCAAAGUGCGACGGCAGGAGGGCAUCUCCCGCUUCUAUGUCAUCCAGGUGGUGUUCCGCAACGCGCUGGAGAUCGGCUUCUUGGCCGGCCAGUACUUCCUGUAUGGCUUUAACGUGCCGGGGAUGUUUGAGUGUGAUCGCUACCCGUGCGUGAAAGAGGUGGAGUGUUACGUGUCUCGGCCCACAGAAAAGACUGUGUUUCUGGUCUUUAUGUUUGCAGUGAGCGGCGUAUGUGUACUGCUCAACCUGGCUGAGCUCAACCACCUUGGCUGGAGGAAGAUAAAGACGGCCAUGCGAGGGGUUCAGGCCCGAAGGAAGUCCAUCUGUGAAGUUCGGAAGAAGGAUGUUUCACACCUGUCCCAGACCCCAAACCUGGGCAGGACCCAGUCUAGUGAGUCAGCUUACGUCUGACAGAGGCUUUUCUGCCUGGGGGCUCAAGGACCUCUUACAUUUUGGAGAAGAGCUUUUCCCUGGCCCAGGACCCCCGAUCAGUAGGGCACAGAACUCACCUCUUCAUUAUUAUUCAGGAGCACACACAGACUCAGUGCAGUCAUGAUGAAGCGUCAAUUCACAUGGUAGAGUCUUUGACAUUUCAGGAGGCAGGAAUCCCCUUCCUAAAGAGGCGACUGUCUCGCUGUAACAAAGCAUUCACCUAAAGCUGACAUGAUGGAGAGUUCUGCUCUUCCUAGGGGACACUAGGUGCCUUCAAAGAACAGCUAGAACUGAGCAACUACUAAUUAUAAUAAAAUACUGUAAAGAUAGCCCGAGGUUGAGUUAUCUGAAGUUCUUCAUUAUUUGCCUUUUCUGUAGGUCAGAAAUAAUCCCCUCAUUUUCCAAUUAUGUGUGCAUAUGCAAAGGCUUACGCGUGUGCAUGCAUAGGCAUGUGGGUGGGGGGAAAAAAAGCCAAUGUCUGACUUAAGUCAGAAAAUUGAAUGCUAAGCUAAUCUGAGCUACUGAGAGAAAGAUACUGUUAUUUCGCAUUGUCCAUGAUUUUCCAGUAAAGUCACUUAGCGGACAAAAAAGCACCUUUUUAAACAUGUUCUAAGAAAUGUACACAAAAGCCAACAGCACUAGCAGAAACUGGAACACAAUACUUGUUUUCAGUGUACCAGGCUUUUCCUAAAUAUUGUCACUCUUACUCAUGUUCUUUGUAUCACUGGGUGCCGAUCAGACAGCAGACUGACAUUGCCCGGGAGCUUUUGUUCACAGUGAGACACAUGGUGCUUUGAAGAUGAGUUAGAUUUACUUUCCAACACUGUCACGCACCGCAAUGCUCCCAAUGCCCGCAAGACAUGCUGUUUACUCUAAGAAUACCACUGAAAACAGUCAAGGAAAGCAGGGCCAGCCUUUCCACUUUGCUCCUGAAGUGCGAUCGCUGUCUGAGGCGCUGAACAGAGUUAUGUGAAGAGUUUUUCAGUUCAAAAGGAAACAGUAUUGUAGUCACAAAUAUUUUAACAUGUAACCUCAAGCUUUUUUUCACAAGCAGAUUUGGUGCCAUAUUUCAAAGUUACUGUACAUAGAUGAACUGUAAUAGUUACACUUAGCCUUUUCCCUGUGCGCUGUAGAUGGGCUUCACACGGAUGGGGGAGCAAGGGUUUGGGUGGUAAUGAAGAUUAAUCAUAGAUUGCCAGCUUUAACAAUAUGUAUUAUUAAUGUGCCCUUUGUUAAGCCUUCGCCCUCUAAUGGAGACUAUACUUUCCGAAAAGUCCCCCCCCCCCCCCUUCCCUCCCUUAUGGACUUUGAAAAAGGCAUGUUACCGAAGCAUUAAUAGAAUGGAUAGAUUAUGACAUGUAACUUAAAAAGAGACUGUUUUAUUUAUUUGCAUCCUGCUCCUGUGAAAUGUUAUACUCAGCAUGCAUGAAGAUGAAAAAUAUAAAGAGAUAUGAACAUAGAAUCCCGUUGUGGGAAUAUUGGAAGUGAAAACCUGAGAGGCUCCAGAACUGCAGCAAUAAUAUAUAGUAUGUG